AUGGCGCCUUACACAUCCCCCAAACGCUCUUCCCCCGGGGGCCCCCUGAAGAACGGAUCAAAAACUCCCUUACUGGAUUCUGGGAAUUCGGAAACUCCAGUCGCUGACAACUUAGGCCCCAUCAUCAAGAAACGAAAAUACGUGCCAGGCGGUCCAGGAGGUGGAGGAAGGUAUAUCGAAAUCGAGGUUAGGGAAACACCAAAGCAGCCGAAGCCGAAACCCAAGCCAAAACAACCCAAGCCGAGCCCCGUGAAAAGGACCAGUUCCUCUAUUUCUCGAACUCGGCAUCAGUUGAGAGAGGCAGAAUCGUCUGCGCAACCUGCCCAGUUACCUCCGCCCCCGCCGCCGGUCCAUGCUCCUACCACACCCCCAUCUACACGUCUCCGCAGGGAGAAGAGCCAGACCCGCGGACGAUUUGGGUCAUCAACAGCGGCAGCGCUGGCUUUACAGCAGGGCGAUGGAUAUAAACCGCGAGAGGAACGGGGGUGGGAAGAGUUCCAUCCGGAAUUGGAUAUCGACGCUCAAUUCCCUGUAUUUCCUUCAGCAGAAGUGGAUCGCCCGCCCCUGUCAGCGCAACUCGCCAGUAUCUUGUCUCCGAACGGCCUUGAUAAGACCAACGAGAAUGAUCCCGUCGCCGAGCUCAUUCGUGCCCAUGCUAAUGGUACCGUCCAAACGCCUAUCAAACGAAGGCCAGGGCGCCCUCCCCGGCGCCCAGAGGCCAUCCUGCAGUCCCUUGGCGUUUUCACUCCCCAGCCCAAAGUCGUUCCUCCUCCCGGUCCCAACCCGCGCGAGAAGCUGACGCUACCGAAGCCCUCAUUUCGACUGAAGGACCCCUUUACUUUCUAUGAUCAGCCCGGCGUCGGCCAACAGAACUACGUCGACCGGACUAUGGCUAGUGUGGGAUAUCAGGAAAGUGACUUGUUUAUUCGCCAUGAUCGCCGUUUGAUCCGAAUGCCUGAAGGUGCUCAGGAAGAUGAUCUUGAUAUUGGCAACCCAUUGCUUGGCGAGGGGGAAGUCAAUGCGGCCGUCGGCCGGGUGGAAUAUGAUAUGGAUGAGCAGGAUGAGAAGUGGCUAGAGGAUUACAAUGCAAAGCGGCGAGAGGAUCAGUAUGAGCCUAUCAAGCCGGCCGUUUUUGAGAUCACCAUGACGAAGAUUGAGAAGGAAUGGCACAGUCUUGAAAAACGAAUACCCAAACCAAACCCCAAGCCUCCGCAGACACAGCGUCCUCGAUCAAGCUCCGCGGCUGCUGUCAACGGCGAGACCACAGGACCAGGUGAAGAUCAGGACACGAAAUGUGCUAUCUGCGAUGAUGGCGAUUGCGAGAAUGCGAACGCGAUUGUUUUCUGCGACGGCUGUGAUCUCGCAGUGCACCAGGAAUGUUAUGGUGUACCUUUCAUCCCCGAAGGACAGUGGCUGUGCCGGAAAUGCCAGCUUAUAGGAAGAGGGUCGCCAAACUGCAUCUUCUGUCCGAACAUUGAGGGCGCAUUCAAACAAACCACCACUUCCAAGUGGUCACAUCUUCUCUGCGCAAUCUGGAUUCCUGAAGUUUCUAUUGGUAAUCCUUCUUUGAUGGAGCCUAUUACCGAUGUCGAAAAGGUUCCUAGGAGCCGGUGGAAACUCCAAUGCUAUAUCUGCCGCCAGAAAAUGGGCGCAUCCAUUCAAUGCAGUAACAAAAAUUGCUUCGUAGCAUUUCAUGUCACAUGCGCCCGGCGAGCCCAACUUUAUCUGAAAAUGAAAUCGGGGCACGGAAAUUUAGCCGUGAUGGACUCACAUCUAUUGAAAGCCUUUUGCGAUAAGCAUGUGCCUCCCGAGUGGCGUCGUGAACAUGGUACCGACGCUGCUACAGCUGACGCAAUCGAGUACUAUCGUACAACUAUGCAAGGCCGACGGUGGGGAGACAGUCAAGCUGCGGCUUUAUCAUUAGAGCCGGCCCACCCUCUUGGCGGUGGUCCGGAAGACGAAGAUGGACAACGGACCCAUACGCCGCGCAUCACCCUUACCGUUGGGGGUAAUAAACGGAAGCGGCCAAAUGCCCCUAGGACUAUUUGGAAGCUACCUUCUGGGGCUCCUGUCAUUCCGCAGGUACUUCUCAAUUCUGUCGUCGCAUCUCUUCAGCGCUUCGGGGUUCGGCAAAGAAAACAGUAUGCCGAGGAUGCCUGCAAAUACUGGACUCUGAAACGUGAGGCGCGACGAGGCGCAGCGCUUCUCAAGCGUCUACAGUUGCAAUUAGAAACAUUCUCCUCAAUGGAGAUGACGCGGAGGGAUUAUGCUGCUAUGGGAGCUACUGGCAGCAAACGGCUCCAAAGACGCAUCGAAUUCGGGGAUCGCUUAUAUCGCGAUCUGGAUCGGUUGAGGAUGUUAUGUGAUGAGGUCAAGAAGCGUGAGAGGGAAAAGUUGAAGGAUGCAGAGAUGCUUCGAAAUAUCGUUGAUACCGUCUACUUCCCGAUUUUCCCCCUACUGUGGCCGAUCUUCGAAAAGGCGCAAGUACUAGAUAGCAAGGGCUUCUUCAGGCGAGGACUUCUCGCAAUACGCACCAAGUUGGAGCAACGAUACUAUCCAUCUGUGUCGUCCUUCUCGGCUCACUUAGCCAGCAUUUUCACCUCAGAGAUUGGAGUCCAGCCAGCUGGCGAUACCGCGGAGCUUCAGAUGCAAAUUAGUGGGCGGGCUCCUGAACUUAGUCUGGAGCAGCGUGAAAAGAGAAAGUUGGCGAAGCGGAUUAUCAAAGCCAUUCAACCAGCACUGGAAGACGCUAUCCGUAAAGAGAGCGAAUUGACUCGCCAACCUUUCGAGCAGGAGCUCAAGGAUUUGGAUGUAAUGCUUGGGGAUGUCUCUUCCGGGAGAGGUUCUGAGAUCGAUUCUGCAGAGCGCCCAGGGGAGGAGGCUUUUGAGAAAUCUGAGCUUCCGAAUGGAGAUACCGACAGUACGAAUAUGGAUCCCAAUUCUACGGCCAAGAUGAAGUCUACAGAGGAGGUUUUAGAGAGCACGGAAACAAAUACCCCUGGGGCAGAACCUUCCAAACUCACUGGAUCUCAGGCCGCUCAGGCGGCUGCUACGGAAAAUACCCCGGUGGACGUGCCGAUGUCAGACGCUUCCACUACACAGCCUCCAAAUGAAGCACAAGCAGCUAUUACCCCUGAACUAGCUGAAGAACCAGGAGAAGCACCAGUAAUUCAACAACAAACAAACCAAACUCCUCAAGUGCCACUGUCGCCUCCUGCCCUUGAGACCGAUCAGCAUCACCCGCUGGCUCGGGGAGGCAUCCAAUGGUAUAUGCAGCCUUUUGAUCCUAUGGGAACCACCAUUCAUGAGGAACGAUGGACGGGUCGGGAGGUUAUGCGUGGCCUAAGUGAGGAACUCAGCGAAUUGGAUGAGGAGGAACUGAAUGACCUUGUUGACGAGGAUGAGUUGGAAGAAAAUGCUACUGGGACUGGCGUGUUCGCCAACCGCGCGCCAGACAGCUCGCGCGGAGAGCAAGGGGUGAAGGUCCAUCGGACGCGGCGUAGAUGGCGUGGCUUCAAAUGA